GAGGGAAGACGUUUUUAUUUUCAACCAUGGACUCAAAGUUAAACCUCGAAAUUGUUGGCUUAAUUACAGACCAUACUUUCUGUGUUGCCAGAAGUAUUGCCGAGGGACUGAAGCAGAAGUUUCCGAAGGCAUUUCUCGAUCCAAAAAUUCAACCUCUACUGGAAUUUGACUGGCACGCAUAUCUGUCUCAAAAGAAAAAGGAGCUGCGUGGUGAAGUGUGGCAGUACUCCAGCAGCCUGAUGUGCUUUCUCAACGGCCUUCUCCUUGGUAAUGAGAAGGAUCUCGCCUGCUGGGCCGAGAAUCAGUGGAGUUUCUCUUUCACUCGGCCACAGGCUUUCUAUAUGGCUCUCACUGAGGACUACUACACCAAACACCUACAGAACAAUGGGCAUCGGUUUGUCUUCAUGGACAUUGACAUAGCAGGAGAGGCUGUGGGGAAGUUAUUGUUUCAGCUGUUCUCAGAUGUUUGUCCAAAGACAUCAAAGAACUUUGAGGCUCUGUGCACAGGAGAGCGAGGUCUGUCACAGAGUGGCCUCCCUCUUUGCUACAAGGGCUCUGUGUUUCAUCGUGUGGUUCCUAACGGCUGGGUGCAAGGUGGAGAUAUUUCUCCAGAGAGUAAAGGUGAUGGAGGGGAGUCAAUCUAUGGACCAACAUUUGAAGAUGAGAGCUUUGCCGUGUCCCACACUAGACGGGGCACUCUAGGAAUGGCCAAUAAGGGUCCCCAUAGCAAUGGAUCCCAGUUUUAUAUCACCCUGCAGCCAACACCCUGGAUGGACAAAACCUAUGUUGCCUUUGGUUGUGUGGUUGAGGGUGUCGACGUCCUCAGGAGAUUAGAAGAAGCUCUGACUUGCAAUGAAAGACCCAAGUAUGAAUGUAAAGUUACAGAUUGUGGAGUGUUGACGUUUUAA